CGGCGCGAGGUUCGAAUGUCAGACGAACAAGGCGGUGAAGGGAGCGAAAUCAAAAAUGGACCACGCCGCAAGCCACAUGGGUGAAACGACGUCCUCCAAAAACAAAAAUAAUGGAGUCAACGAAUCAAUUUUUACAAUUUUUCAACGUAUUGGCGCUGAAUCAGAUGACGCAAGAAUCGAAUCGUGUGUUUCUCUUGUUCAACAUUUAACUGAAAUCUUAGGAGACGUAACGUCUGAAAAGUUGCCUAUAGAUCUCACAUACAGUCUCAAACGACUUGUUAGAGGUGUGGGUUCCAAGAAUAAAGUGGUGCAGAAGGGUUACUUCACUGCUCUUGUUGCUAUUUUGGAGUCUUUCCCUGUGAUUACUUGUGAAACUUAUGCCGCAAUAGUGGAGAAGGAAUUUUCAUGUGCUGACAUUGAUUCCAAAGGGGAAGAAGGAGAAGCGCUGCUGGGUCAGGUACUUGCUUAUGGUGCAGCGGUCAGAGGAGGCUUAUUCUUACGAAGUUCAGAGGAAAAACAAAAGGAAAUUGUGACGACUCUGUUCUCUAGUGCCAGCAAGAGAAGCUACCUUUCCUAUGCCUCCGCGCCAUUUUUACAUGAUUUGAUGGUUAAUGUUGAAGAAUCUGUUCUCACUGAUGUAGUUUGGCCUUUGGUCAGCAAAGAAGUUUUGAAACCAUGGGCAGAUCAAACACUGGACACACUUCUUCUCUUGUUGUCUGCCUUAAACCGAGUUCCAAAUAUCAUCAAGAGUAAAAAGAUACAACAGAACCUAGGUUUCCCAAUAUUUUCCCCAGAGUCUAUGCGGUUUUUUGCUCAGAAGCUUGUGGGUGACAGCAAUUCUACAAAGAUUAAGCACCCUGUUUAUGAAGAAUUCUGUAAAAGUCUUUGCCUCCCUGACAAUGAAGCUUUAUUUAAAACAUUUUGGACACAGGAUGUUGACAGUUUGUUGGCAUCAUCCUCCAAAUCCAAGGAUCAUGCUUCUCUUAUACUUUUCACCAUACUUAUCAGAAAAGUGCCAGAUAAAAAGAUGGUAAAAGUACUUGUAACAUCUCGCAUCUUGGAUGUUAUUGGUCGCACAUUAAGUGGACCUGCAUCAGACAAAAUUAAAAAUGUGGAAAUUUGCACCAAGGCCCAAGAAGCUAUUGCAUCUCUUGGAGAAGUUCUCUUAGCUGAUGAUGCCACAGAUAAAGUAAGGAUGGCUAUUAUCAAAAAGAUUCUCUUCUGUGGUGAUCUUCAAUAUGAGAAACAAACUGGUAGUCACAUAACUAUUUUAUUAGAGAACAAACUUGGCAAGAAAAGUGUGCAGGAUCUCUCCAAACAAUUUGCGGACAUUGUUGAUGGCAAAUCCUCAGAAGAAAACAAAGUGUGGAGAACUGUUGAUCGUGUAUUUGCUGCUCAGCAACUAAAACGUUUGAUUGGACACCAAGCUUGUAAUGAUGAUAUUAAUUGGAAGGUCGAACAGCUUUUAUUCCUACUUCACCGUGGAUUGUUCCGUGAAACUACUUCCUCUGCAUUCAAUGUUGAAUUGGCUGCCAAUGUGAGGAACUGCUUCUUCCGUGCUUUGGAUGAGGCGUUCUCUGACUUUAAAACUAUGGUUGUUAUUCUGAACCAAAUUGUCCAACACAUCAAUGAAUUAAUGGCAAAUCAGACACAAUUUGUUAAGAGCCUCAGAGUUCAGUUUGGUGCUGAAUCUUCUGCAGCGUGGCAGCAGAUGAUGAAGACGGUUUCUAAAUUUGCUAAAAGUGAAUCAAGUGCAUCAGAAACGCAAAUUUUCCACAGCCUGUUCCUAUUUAUGGGACUACAACUCUUUUCAGAACCCAAAAUGGCGGUUGAAUCCCUUCAAGAACUUCACAGUUGUUAUGAACGUAUGAAGGGCAAGCACAAAUCCAAAAAUGCAGAGGAACCCCAGUGGGUUGAAGUGAUGGUUGAGGUGCUCCUGUCCCUUCUUUCAAAUAGUUCUCGUUUGUUGCGGACUGUUGUUGGUAAAGUCUUUCCCCACCUCAAGAAACAUCUCACUGUGUCCGCCUUUUAUCAGAUUCUUGAAGUUCUUGACCCGAGUCGAGAUGAAAAUCCUUUGACUUCAACAAAGGAGUUGGAUGAUGCAAGUGAAUCAGAGAGUGAGGACGAGGACGAGGAAAUGCCAACUAAUGGUACGCACAAUGGUGAGGACACGUCUGAUGAAGAGAAUGAAGAUGAUGAUACAGAUGAUGAUGAUGAUGAGUAUGAGGAUAUAGAUGAUGAAGAUUUGGAGGAGACCAUUAAUGACAAGUUACGUAAUGACAUACGACAGGCUCUCGGAAAUGCCGCGUCACUAUCCGACACUGAAUCUGUUGACCUGGAUGAGAUUACUGAAGAAGAAGGGGAACGCAUGAAUGAGGCUCUAGCUAAAGCAUUUGAAGCAAUGAAAAUGUCUAGAAAUAGCAAGAAAAAGAAGAAACAAACCAAAAAUCAGGAGAGUGUGACCCAUUUCAGAAUCCGUGUUCUUGAUUUAGUUGACCUUUAUAUUUCAAAGGAGCCUUCAAUGGAGAUGUGUUUGGAGUGUGUGGCACCUCUCUUGUCGCUUAUGGCGUUCUGCUUGAAAGAUGUGCAUCAGAAGCCUCUUGAAACUAGAACCAGAAGUGUUUUGCACCUUCUCACGAAGGUAAAAAAGUUUUCUUCUGUGGCUGGAGUUGACGAGGGAUCUUUGGCAGACCAAAUAAAAUCACUUGCCGUGAAAAGAGCCCAAAGUACAACCACCUUCUUGGGUUUGUCAGAUUUGAUUUCUGAAUGCUGUACAUUCUUAGUUCGGUGCUCAGACAUCGUUAGAGCUCAAUCAGAGUCUGCUGAAUCAGACAAACAGAACCCUGUUGUAAAUGUUUACGAAGCGCUCCUUCUUGAAUUCUUCAAUAAUAGGGAAAGUCUUCUUCCAGUGAGUAUUUUCUCGGACGUGUUAAAUUCUACAUGGAGUGGCUGUUGGUGUAUUGCCCCAUCAAUUGUGCAGUAUGCUUUUAGUUCAGAAGUUCGCCUUUUCAGAAGAGGUCAGGCAUUAGAUCUAUUGAUCCAAUUUUUCAAUAAUCGGCGUAUGAAGAACUUAGCUAAUGACAAGCAAAAGAAGAUGUUGAAGAAAAUAGUGUCUUCGAUUAUUAGCCAUUCUAUUGAAUUGCUGAAUGGGUCUGAUGAUGAUUCCUCUAGAAAAGCACAACAGGGCAAAUAUAUUGCAGCUGCACUGCGUCUUCUUCAUCAAAUAUUAUCAUUGCCCCUAGCUAGACCUACUGAUGUAUCUUCUUUGUCUGCAUCUGUGACAUCUUUCUGCCAAAAUGGUGUUCCUCCAGAGACCAAGAGCUCACUCAAAAAUGUUGUAUCAAAACUGAAACUUGAUCAAAGCUUGUUGAAGAAUUUGAAGAGGGUUGAUAAGGUGCAAGAUAGAGAAACUUCUGAGUCAAAGUCUAAGAAAAAGAAAAAUGAAAAUAGAGUGAAUGGAGGUUUAGAUAGCAAUGACACAGGCUCAAAAACCGCACAACUAAAUACCGUCUCAAAAGGACCUAGUAAGAAAGAGAAAAAGAUGCAAAGAAUGGCUCUGAUGGCUGAAGGUUUCGAUUCUGUUACAUUUAGUGGUGUAAAUAACGAUGCUUUAAAUGGCAUGGAGCCCUCAGAUGAGGAAAUGGAUGUAUCAAAUAAUGAUAGUUCUAAUUUCAAUGAAAGUCUAGAAUCUAAUGUAAUUUCAUCCGUUAAACGAAAACAGAAACAUUCUACCUCAGAAGAUACACAGAAUGGCAAAAAAAAGAAGAAAACUAAUAAAAGACAUUGAUGAGAAGGUGUUGUCAAAAACUGGUCACAGAUUAUUUAUACAAUCUAUUUUGUACAAAUGAAAGUCCAUUAUACUAGAGAAGAGUAUAUGUUGUUGACUCUAAAUUUACAGUUUUAUGUAAUUUAUACAAUAUUUUCUGUAGUCCCAGCACAGUUAUCUUAACUUGACUCAUUUUAUAUCUCAUAUCUACUAUAAUCAGUUGCUGUUCUGAAAAAGUACAUGAGAUCAAUUUACUACUUGUCGGUUAUGUGCAGCUUUUUGAUGCACUGUUAUUCGACUAACAAGUUCAAAGAGGGAAGAUCAUUGUUAUUAUUAGCAUGGUUUUUGCUUUGUUUGAGCUUCAGUCAUGUUGUAUGAGUGUCUUCCAUUUGAAUGUUUGUGAACGUGAGGCGGCUUGAGAGGACCAAUAGAGGACCUGCAUGGUUUUAUUAAAGGUUGUUUAUUAAUAAUGACGA